AUCAUUAUUUCGCGCGUGGUGAAGUGCGCGACCACGAGUGUUCUCGUUGUUCUCCGGAAGUGAGGCUUUUUUUGAUUCGGGUAACGACACGUGAUUUCUUACUGGAAACGCGAUUGACUUUGAACGUGAAGCUUUGAGUUUGAUGCGAUCUCGUAAUGAAAUAGUGCAGUUUUACUUAUGUUGGAAGAGUAACAUCUUAGUACAUAGUUACAGGUGAUUAUCGUCGAAUUUCGAGAGCCGUUCGAGAGAGUUUGCAGCUAUGAUUGAUUGACGAGGUGCAGGGUGAUAAAUCUAUAAAAAGUCCGACUUAUUUUGAACUGGAUAAUAUUGGCAUAGUUGAAAUAUCUGAAUAGUAACUCCGAUGGAUUUGCCGCGAUGCUUUUCGAACAACCAUUAGAGCUUUCCAACCAUUCAACGCGGGCUUCCUACAAAAAAGACGUUAAUUAAGCAAAAAUGAUAUUAUGUUAGAGACAAUGUAUAGCAGAACAUCUAGGCUGAAUUGUUAGUGUGAACCACAUAAACAUGGACUCGACGGACCAAACAAUGGCGGAGGAUUUAUCCUCGGAUCGCAGUGAUAGCAGUAACGCGAGCACGGGUUCAGAGCAACCGUCGCUAGCUGGUUUUCAACCGUACAACAGAAAUAGUAUGGAGGAUUUAACGAGGCAUCGAAACGAUGACGAAGAUCCGUCCGUCGGUAGAUUUGCUGACGCGCCAAUUGCCUUGGACAAACCUAAGGAUUAUGCACCGCAGAGACCCGACGUGUACGAGUCGUCGAGCGUCGACGAGCCGCCGCUCGGCGUGUUUCGCGCUGGCGCCGGUGCGAACGCCAGCAAGGACCAAACGGAAGCGAUGUACAGCUUCUGCCGCGAGAUUCGCGAGAUCAAGCAGAAGAAUUUGCACGCAACUCUUGAACGCGCCAUUGGUGCUGGCAAGGAACUCGAACUUGUCAAAAGUUACUCUUUCCCGCUCGACAGGAUGAAGGAGUUUGGUGGAUUAACGAGGAUUGGCAGCAUCGCUUUGGAUAGGCUUCGCGCCGGUCCUUUGUAUGGCGAAGGCAAUUCAUCUCUCGAGCCGGAAGAUCUAAAAAAUCUACAACAGUUGCAAUCCCGUGGUGCAGCGCUAGGUCAAGAUGCAACAAUUGCCUUCGAGCGGUUAAGGCACUCGCAUCCCUUGUUUCAAGCUGGAGACCCUAACCAUCAGAACUCAACGAAUCCCGCACAUUUUUCUCAUUAUCAUCAUCUGCAACCACAUCAUGCCAUCACGCAGAUUCAAGCACACGGGGCUGCAUCGCCACAUCAACCUGGACAGCAGCAAACUAAAUCUUUUACAAUCGAUGCUAUACUGGGUCUUAGAGGUGGCGCACAAAGAGACAAACAUGUUCGCUGCCAUGCGUACAGGAAACAUCAGGGUCAAGAAGGCACAGCAAAAAGCUUGUCCUCCAGCUCCUGCUCGAACGGUGCCAAUGGCGGUAGUAACGCAAGUGGAGCUAGCGGCAAGCUCAAGCGGGUCCGCACUAUAUUUACGGCCGAGCAGCUCGAGCGACUCGAAGGCGAAUUUGCUAGACAGCAGUACAUGGUGGGACCCGAACGAUUAUACUUGGCGCACGCAUUACGUUUAACGGAAGCACAAGUGAAGGUAUGGUUUCAAAACAGACGGAUCAAGUGGCGGAAACUCAACCACGAACAGCAAAGUCAAAGGUUGCACGAGAUGCGUCAAGGUCCCGAACGCGAUGAAAUUAGCAAUGAAAAUUCGCCAGUCGAGUGGUGAAACGCUUCAAUGUCCGUGAGUUUGAUCAAAAGGGACGUGAAAUGAACAAGAAUAAACCGAAUUAUCGCGAGUGUGAAAAAAUUCUAUAGAAUUUGUUUAUAUAGACAAUUGAUUUUUAAGUUCGCGAUUCGUCGACUUUUAUCGUUGGAUUUAUAAAAACGACGAUUGUGGUAUGGCAGAUCCACCAAAGAGUUAUACAUUUAGUAGUGCACAUCUUUAUGUAUAUUUAGCGCAAAAUAUCACAGAUAUUUAAUAAGACUUACAAGUACUAUUUGCACAGUGUCAGUACAAAAUAAACGAUCACGAAUGUUCAUUUCGUUAGCUUAUGUAUGCAAAAAAAAAUCAUUUAUUCAAAUAACGAAAAAAGUGAAGACGAAGAUGUCAAGUUGUCGUAGAUAUGGAAUUGUCAAAAAACAUAUAUUGACAGGUUCAUUUGUCGCUGCAAGUUAUAUCAGGACUAUAUUAUUACUAUAGAUCAAAUUGGUAUUUUUUUUAAGUUGAAUUGUGCAAUGUGUCAAACUUUGUUAUCUACCUUUUAC